GCGAUAUCGAUUGAUUUGACGUUUCAUUUUAAUUUGUUGGUGUGAUGUUGCGGUUGUUGCAAACCUUGCAAACACGAAUUUGUUUUGUACUUUUGUUUAUAACAUUGAUAACGAUAAACUUUCGUGAGAUUGCUAGGACCUAUCAAUUUUUUAUUGUGAGAACUAUGAAUACUCUAGUACAGAAGUCGAAGCCAUUAAUAGCACCCAAAAUCUGGAAGCGGGAUGAAAUACUAACAUUUUUAGACAUUUUUGAAUCCACCUUUCAUGCGUCGGUUACAGAUCCAUUCGAAUCGGAAGAUGAUAUGUGGAAAUGUAUUUCGAACAAGCUACUGGAUCAGGGUAUCAUAGCAUCGGUCCAGCAGUGUUUGAAUAAAUGGAACUUUUUGUACAAAACCUACAUCAGUAAUCAGAAUCGACAAGGUCUGUUUUACGCAAAAGUGAAACAAAUUGUUGAAUUAUCGCAGGAAAUAAACGAAAGCAGAGAGCCUGUCGAAUCAUAUCCCACAGAGCAGGUAGAAGAGCUCGACACAAAAUGCUCAGUGAAAGUCGAGAAUUUUUCACUUGAUGCAGUGCAAAUGGAAGUUCUUGAAGAGAGUCUAAAUGAUCAAGAGCAGAUCGAUGAACAUACUUUCGACAAAGAUCCUAUGGAAGACAUUGCUGCAUCAAACCAAAUAGAAAUCGAAGCUGUUAUACCGUCGGAAGAUUCAAAUGAUGUUAAAUUUGACGAGCCAUGUGAUAGUCCUCCAGAAACGAAUGAUACCGACACACCAGCCAAAAGGGUUAAGCUGUCAGAGAGUGCUGAUCAAAAUGUUCCUACAAAAGAGACCAGCGCGGAAGUGGAAGAAAAUAUGAACAUACAUAAUAUUCUACAAACAAUUCUAAGUAAACUCAGUGCAAUACAAGACGAACAAAUCAAGCAAGGACGUCGAAUUGAAAACAUAGAAAAAAUACAAAACGAAUGCUUGUCGCAAUUAUCCGAUUUAAGAAAAUACACAAAAUUGAAAUAGCUCAA